GGGAGAUGACAACCAAGGGGUUUCGGGCCUAUACCAGCUCUACAGCCAUUACAAGAUACCAACAUCACCCACUUCGAUAAUCUGCUCAAUUUAAUCCAAUUUAACCAGCACCCUGCCGGGCUGCAUGUCAAACAUUUAAGAUUGCGAGCUCUUUGGUCUAUAAAUCGGACACCACGUUAUUAGCUCGGACCUCUGUAGGGUGACGUCCAAUUGCACGCCAUGGUCCGUCUCCGAGAGAUUCCUCGGACUGCAACUUUUGCAUGGUCACCAGGCACAGCCUUGCCCCUGCUAGCUACUGGCACGAAGGCAGGCGCCGUCGAUGCUGACUUCUCAAACGAGACUCAGCUUGAAUUGUGGGAUCUAAAGCUUGGAGAUUCUGCUCAAGGCAUAGAGCUUCAGCCAUCCGCAAGUAUUGGCACGGACUCCAGGUUCCACGAUAUAGCUUGGGGUCCCGCCAGCGGAGGUCACCCUCGAGGAAUAAUUGCUGGAGCUCUGGAAAAUGGAUCAUUAGAUUUGUGGGAUGCGGAAAAGUUAUACAAUGGGGCAAGCGGAUCUUUUCUGUCGAGAACGACCAAACACAGUGGCGCAAUUAAGUCUCUGCAAUUCAAUCCCUUCAGACCCGAAUUAUUGGCAACAGCCGGUGCAAAAGGAGAGCUUUUUAUCUCUGACUUGAACAAUGUCGCGAACCCUUUCCGCUUGGGAAACCCGGCUGCUAGAGCGGAUGAUUACGAAAGUCUGGAUUGGAAUAAGAAAGUCCCGCAUAUUCUUGUCACUGGCAGUAGCGGUGGAUUUGUCACUGUCUGGGACGUGAAAGCUAAAAAGGAGAGUUUAACUCUUAAUAAUUUUGGGCGAAAACCAGUCAGUGCGGUCGCCUGGGAUCCGGACGUGCCGACAAAGCUCAUCACUGCGAUUCCGAAUGAUACUGAUCCACUCAUUCUUGUUUGGGAUCUUCGGAACUCAAAUGCUCCUGAAAGGACGAUGCUAGCACAUGAGCAGGGUGUGCUUUCCUUGUCCUGGUGUCGGCAAGAUAGUGACCUGCUCCUCUCUUGUGGCAAGGACAAUCGCACAAUAUGCUGGAACCCCCACACUGGCCAGCCCCUUGGAGAGUUUCCCGUUGUGACAAACUGGACUUUCCAAACAAAGUGGAACCCUCAUAAUCCCAAUCUGCUUGCUACGGCAUCUUUUGAUGGCAAGAUCGCCGUUCAAACAAUUCAAAACACAAAACCUCCCACCGACCAAGUCGCGGCCUCUCAAUCGCAACCUUUAGAUGACGAGGAUUUUUUUGCAAAGGCACAAACACAACCGCAGGUUGGUGGGUUUUCGCUCCCGAAAGCUCCGAAGUGGCUUGAGCGGCCCGUGUCUGCAUCAUUCGGAUUUGGAGGCAAAAUUGUUACUGUGGGACGCGAAGCUCCUGCAAAGGGCGGUGCUAGGACGUCAAAAAUUCAAGUACAGCCUUUUGUGAUAGAUUCCGAAGUUGGAACCGCAACGGAGGACUUUGAGCAAUCGCUGAAAGAGGGCGAUCUCGCAAGCAUAUGCGAAUCAAGAAUAGCUCAAGCAAAAUCGGAGGAAGAAAAGGCAGAUUGGAAAGUUAUAGAGACAUUGAUCUCUGAAAACCCGAGAAAGGGUCUGAUUGAAUAUCUGGGUCUCUCUGCGACCAGUAGUACGAUUGAGUCUCCGCCAGUCCCAGUACCAGCAUCCAGCGACGCUGAGAGGUCGGAGGGAACCUUAAGUGCACUGCCCAACGGUUCAGCAAAAGCAAAGGAUAAUCGUCUCUCGGCUUUCUUCGAGAAUACAGGAGACAGCGAUCAGUUCUUGUCAGAGCUCGCUGCAACCAAGGGAGCGAAAACGAACAACCCCUUUCAGAUCUACACCGGUUCUGAAUCCGAGGCAGAUAAGGAGAUCACCCAUGCGCUGGUACUUGGCCAAUUCGAGAAAGCCCUUGAUGUAUGCCUGAAAGAAGACAGGAUGUCCGACGCUUUUAUGGUAGCAAUAUGUGGAGGGCAGAAGUGUAUCGACAAAGCUCAAACGGCCUACUUUACAAAGAAGGCCCAGGGUCCUAAUUACCUCCGAUUGCUAGCUUCAGUUGUCGGUAAAAACCUUUGGGACAUCGUCUAUAAUGCGGAUAUCGCAAACUGGAAAGAUGCCAUUGCCAUUCUUUGCACUUACGCGGAGGAAAAGGAGUUCCCUGAUCUCUGUGAGGCCUUGGGUGAUCGUCUCCGAGACGGCAAUGUCGAAAAUGGGUCCGUUUCUGGGCUUCGAAAAGAUGCUUCAUUCUGUUAUCUUGUCGGAUCAAAGCUGGAAAAAGUUGUUUCAAUUUGGGUCGAAGAGCUUGGCGAAAACGAGGAAACAAGCCUGGGACAGUCAUCAGCCAAUAGCACUUUCGCCAUUCACGUCAGAUCUCUGCAGGACUUUAUUGAAAAGGUCACUGUUUUCCGAGAAGUUACCAAAUUUCAGGAUACGGAUCGCCAGAAGUCUUCUGACUGGAAAUUGUCGGCUCUUUACGACAAAUAUCUCGAGUAUGCUGAUAUUGUCUCUGCACAUGGCCAGUUGCCAAUUGCCGAGAGAUACCUUAAUCUACUACCGACAAAUUAUCCUGCGGCUGAGGUUGCCAAGAACCGCGUGGCACAAGCGUCUAGGAAACCGACUUCAAACUUAGUUGGCCGCCAGCCUGUUGCAACCGCCAGAUCAACCCAACGCGUUCAGCCGGUGAUAAGUGGCUUCGCUCCCGUACAACAACAAUCUGUGUUUCCGCCGUCAGCUGCGACUAAUAUUCAUGGUCCCGCGCCGGCGCCCGUUUCAGCCUCGGCGUCAGUUCCUUCUCAAGUUCCUCCGGUAGUUAAUCCGUAUGCUGGUUUAGCCGCCGCUCAGCCCGCGAAUCCUUAUGCUCCGUCGGCAGCUGCGACAGCUUAUUCGGGCUCAGCGUAUCAGUCUCCGCAGCAAGCAAGCCACAUCGCUGCUGUCGGACCUCCUCCAACUCAAGCCCUGGCAGCAGCAGGAGCUGGAGCAGCUCGUGGCGUACCUGCUACUACACCUUCGGUGAUGCCUCCUCCACCGCCAAAAGCCAGUGCCACAGCAAAUUGGAAUGAUACGCCUGAAUUUCUCAAAACCACAUCCUCUCGACGUGGCACACCUGGUGCUGGAACAGUUACCUCACCUUUUCCGAAUCAACCUAGCUUUGUUGCCCCACCGCCACCAGCGCCUUUUAAUGGACAGCAGAGAGCAACACCUCCUCUCGCUCCUCCGCCAAAAGGGCCAGCCCCUCCGGCUCGGAUGACCUCGCCGCUCGUCAGUGGAGUUGUGCCUCAUAUGCAGCAUCCAGAUCGCCCGCCCUCUGCAGCCGCAUCGGCUUACGCUCCACAUGUCUCAAGCCCACAAUUGGGUGCAGCUCCGCAACAACACACUAUCCCCCGCGGUCCAUCACCAUAUAACCCACCUCCUGCUGGGCCACCUUCUAGCAACCGAUAUGCCCCGGCUCCUCCGGCACCAGUCCCCCAGCAGGUUUCGUCACAAAUGGCUCCUCCACCAACAAUGGUGGCUGCUCGACCUGGACCGCCUCCUCCUAAUCCCUAUGCCUCUAUGAGUACCGGAGUUUCACAACAGCAGUCACCAGGGAACUUUCCCCCAACUCAGCCUUUCCCCCCGCAGCCGAGCCCAGCUCAGUUCCAAGGCCCAGCGGCAGGAUCAAUUCAGGGGUCAAGGCCAAGCACAGCGCAGUCGCACAGGGCGCCGUCCCCUGCACAACCAAAGUUCCCCCCUGGUGACCGAUCUCACAUUCCAGAGCAAGCACGACCUGUUUAUGAAAUCCUUAGUAAUGAGAUGCAACGUGUUAAAUCGCAAGCUCCUAGCUCAUUUAGAGCUCAAGUCAAUGACACAGAGAAGCGUCUGAAUAUCCUCUUCGACCACCUUAACAAUGAAGACCUCCUGAAAUCGGACACAAUCACCAAUAUGGCCCAUCUAGCUGGGGCCCUUCAGUCUAGAAACUACGUAGAGGCUCAGGCGAUUCAGGUCGAUCUUAUGACAAACAAGACAGAAGAGUGUGGACAGUGGAUGGUUGGUGUGAGAAGGUUGAUUGGCAUGAGCAGAGCGACCCCAAUCUAAAAAUGUUGGUCACGAACAAGACCAGCAACUCUUAUUUAUACAGGUACAUAUGGGAAUGUAGAAAAUUUUUCAGCGUGAUAUCAUCUAAAUCCUCUUUAAACUUCCAUAUUGGAUCAAUCGCCGCAUUCCUAUAUGAUCCCUGGUCUGUGUAGCACAAAG